UUAGUGACUGUAUUUCUUUGUCCAUCAGACACCAAUGAGAAAUGUGCUGUGGGUCAGGGCGAAGGAUACCGCGGGACCUGGAGCAUCAGUCAGACCGGAGCUGCGUGCAUCAACUGGAACUCAACUUCUCUCAGAGGAAGAAGGUUCACAGCUCAAAAAUUAGACGCCAACAGCCUUGGGUUGGGCAAUCACAACUUCUGCAGGAAUCCUGACCACGAUAGCUCACCAUGGUGUUACGUCUAUAAAGGCACACAGAUAGCCUGGGAGUUCUGCUCUGUGCCCAAAUGUCCUGAAGAUAAGAACAGAGAGUGCGUGGUUGGCUCAGGUCAGACUUAUAGAGGCACGGCUUCUGUCACUAAGAGCGGCUCCAUGUGUCUGCCGUGGGACUCUCCUGCUAUCAGACGUAAGGUGAACAAUGCCUGGAGAUCGAACGCCUUGGACCUGGGGCUCAGCAACCACAAUUUCUGCAGGAACCCAGAUAAUGAUGCGGCUCCUUGGUGUCACACCUACAAAAACAUGCAGCUGACCUGGGAGCUUUGUGACAUACCCAAAUGCUUGACACAUCCAUCCGUCAUCACCACUCCUGGCAUUCGUUCUCCCACCACCAAUAACAACAACGGAGCAACCUGCGGCCAGCGCCUGGACAACACCUUGAAUCGCCCAGCUUUCCGCAUGGUCGGAGGCAGAUACAGCGACAUCACGGAGCAGCCGUGGCAGGCCAUCAUCAACGUUUACCAGGCCCGCCACAGGAGACACUUCUACCGCUGUGGAGGAAUCCUCAUCGACUCCUGCUGGGUUCUGUCUGCAGCACAUUGCUUCGAAAUCAAUGAAAAAGCUGACAAGCUGGAAGUUAUUUUGGGAAGAACUUUCCGGAAGCAGAACUCCAGCAGUGAGCAGAUUUUCAAAGUUGAGAAGUACUGGAUCCAUGAGAAGUUUAACAAUGAAACAUUUGACAACGACAUUGCUAUUUUGAAGCUUCAGACGGACAUCGGCUUAUGUGCUGUGAACUCUCCAGAGGUUCAUCCAGUUUGUCUGCCUGAACGCGGGCUGGUGCUGCUCGACUGGACUGAGUGCGAGAUCUCAGGCUACGGAAAAAACUCAGAAUUUUCUGAUGAGUACUCGGAGCGUGUUAAACGUGGACACGUGCGGCUGUGGCCCAAAGAGCGCUGCGUUCCAGAGAUCCUGUCUGGACGGACCAUCACCUCCAACAUGCUGUGUGCAGGCGACACCCGAGGGCUCGACGACGCCUGCAAGGGAGACUCUGGUGGCCCUCUGGUGUGUCGAACCAAGGACCGGAUGACUCUGAUGGGCGUGAUCAGCUGGGGCGACGGGUGCGGACAAAAGGAGAAGCCCGGGGUCUACACGCGCGUCACCCAUUACGUCGACUGGAUCAACAGCAAAGUUAAAGCAAACCCGGUCUAAAGUUGGAGAAACUGCAAACAAAUGUCUCGUUAAACCACUCAUAAACUCAGUGGACGAGCGGUUUGUCUCGAUGAUAGAUGGAGAAAUCCACGGCGCUCUGUUUUGACAACGGAUGGAGGUUUGAAGUCUGCAGGACGGAAACACGCCGGAGGGUUUUGUGGAGUUUAACGUAGCUCCAUAUCCUCAAUGUUUCUAGUCUUCUCUGUUACGAUCGGACUGUUUAAAAAGUGUUUAGUCCUCUCUCUGGGGGGCCGUUGUUUAUUAAUCCUGACGUUUUCUGUUGUUUCCUGAUGACAAAGUUUCUUCCCUGCCUACUCAGUGAAUCUAAGAACAAUAAGAAGGAAAUUUAUAAGCUUCUCUUUACUUUAUUGUAGCUUUACUGGAAUAAAUUAGGAACUGCUGACAGAUCUGAAACACUUUUAUUAGUUACUCAUAGCUUCUCUCAAAGAGGAUUUAUUGACGGCAUUUAUAGGACAACUUAAAAUAUUGUUUGCCCUUGAGGUCCCAGACCUGCAACCAAACCCCAUGAAUUAUCUGCUGGUUCAGAUUCUGCAUAUUUGUGCAGAUUUUUUCUGAUUUUAGUUUCUUUGCGGCAGAUGACAACACAGAGGCAAAAAGCAGGAGAUCCUCGAUCCCAUCAUCAGAGCGGAAAUCGUUCCCAGUCUCUUUUUUUUUUUUUUAUAACACAAGACAGCUGGGUUGAUCCCAGCAAGCAUAUUUUAUGAUUAUUAGUUUUAUAUGAAUAUUUUGUACCAUAAACUGCAUACUGAUUUACAAAGCUGAACUGUUCAAACUUAUUUUGUUCUGCGAUUGUGAUGCGCUAAAUUAAUAUUUAUGUACAGUUUUUGAAUACAUUUUUAUGUUUAUAUACAUCCUUUGAGUAUCACAUGUUAAAAGUAAUUUAUUGUUCUUGUCAUUAUAAACAUGUAUGUCAACACAUUUCUGUUUUAAUAAAAUAUUUUGAGAAAAAAA